UUUUCUUUUUUUCUUUCUUUUUUUGGUUCUUGUGAAACGAUAUUCUUCUCCCUCCGUAAUCUGUACAGCCCCCAGUCGAUGGACGGCUUACCAGUUACUCCGAGGUCCUGUGAUCUUGGUUGUUGAGCGAGAAUAACUUCCUUCAUUCUCCUCAGCUGUCGUUCAUCAUCUUUCUAUGAGUGGAUGGCCACCGCAGAAACCAUCUUGAUAGCAAUCGUUUAGUUUGCUGUAUGACUUCUUUACUAUCUGUAGGUGAGCUGCCCUUUCCCUGCAUUCUUGAUAUUAACUGCGGGGGGAACAGGACAGGCGAGGCAAUCUAAGGCCUGGUCAAUCCGAGUCUCACUACUCAGUUGUGGCUAAUCCAGGAAGAGGGGCGAAAAGAUAAGCUGCAUAUUCUGGAGUGGUCAAAAUGUCUGGAGGUGCUGUGCGUAUUCAGAACAUUGUCAUCUCGGGCGGAUGUGGGUUUGUGGGCGCAGCCACCGCAAGAGCUUUCGCGGAGAGAUACGCGGACUGUGCCAUCACUAUCAUCGACCUACAUCCUCCCAACCCGGCGCAUCCCGUGCCAGAUCACACCUCCUUCAUUCAAUUAGACAUCACCAAUGCUGACCAAGUUAGCAAGGCAUGUCAACAAGUGAGGCCAGAUGUCGUAAUUCACACGGCUGGCCUUGUUCCUGUCCUUGCUGAGCGGUUUGGAAGAGGGCUGGAGAAAGAUGUGUGGAGAAUCAAUGUCGAAGGAACUAGGAAUAUGCUUGCGGCGGCUAAAGAGAGUGGAGUAAAAGCUUUCGUUUACACCAGUACCUGCUGCGUCGUGACGGAUCAAAUGGGGAUGCCCUACCCGAACAUUGAUGAGCGAUGGCCUACACCCCGUACAUCUCUCAUCUAUGGGGAGUCCAAGGCUGCCGCCGAGGCCAUGGUCCUUCAAGAAUCCUGCAAUACGAUGGCUACUUGCGCUCUCCGGCCUUCCGUCCUUUGUGGACCUGGCGACUAUCAAUUAGUCCCCGCAAUUCAUGCGUGUAUCGCAAAGGGCGAGACUCCUUUUGUCAUUGGGGAUGGAUUCAACCUAUGGGAUGUCACCUAUGUCACCAACAUUGCAGAUGCCCAUGUCUUAGCCGCAGAGAACUUAACUUCUUUCAGGACUGCCGCUGGGGAAGCAUUCUUCAUCCAGAACAACGAGCCCAUCGCCUUCAGGGACUUCUGCCUGGCGAUAUGGACCCAUUUCGGUCAUACUCCGCCUUUUGAGAUCCAUAUCCCCCAAGGAUUGGCUUAUGCCGUUGGUUUGAUAUCUGAGUGCUUAACAUGGGUCUUCGGUAAGACGACAACCCUGAGUCGCGGUAGCGUGAGGGAUGCAUGCGCCGUUCGAUAUGCCAAUGGGGAAAAGGCAAAGCGGAUUUUGGGGUACGAACCGCGGGUUGGGAUUGAGGAUGGUAUUAGAAUGAGCUGCGAGGAAUAUGCCUGUCGCCUGGGAAUUGUGCUCCCGUCGCAAAGGAAACAAUAGCCCCCGACUUAACGUGCUGCGAG